GCGAUGAAUUCGACCAACCUGUCGUGGUUUUGGAUUUUCGCGGGAAACAAGCGGAAAAGGGGAUAGCAUCGCUGGAAUUUCACCUAAAUUUGCACUUGCCAAACUGGUACAGACAAUAUUCACAUCAGGAGUUUGUUGUGUCCUCCUCAGCCACCCAAACUGUACCUCUAGACCAACUGUCAACAUGGAGAAAUCCUCACCCCGCAAAGCCCAACCGAGACCAGAAGCCGCGCCCGACCCAAGCCUGCCCGGGACAGCCACUAUCAUCCAGACAGACUGCAAGCCCAUCUUUGACAACAACAACACUGUGCUGGAGACCGAAAUAGGAAGCACAGCGUCCAGCAUCGCUAGCGACAAAAAGAUGCUCCCUCCAAAUCCGGUAAACUUCACUUUGCUUGGCGAGGAGGUGGGGCCUGCGGAGGAUGCCGUCAAACAGUCAGACAGUGAAGCAGAAGGCGCAGGGUGCUCAUCGGGGAAAAAAGACAGUUUGAAGAAAGACUGUGAGUUUGUGGUUGGAUUGGACGUGCUUGCUCGCUGGAAUGACGGUCUGUUAUACCUGGGGAUAGUGUCAAAGGUGAUUCCACACCAGAAGAAGUGCCUUGUGAUCUUUGAAGACAAAUCGGAGCACUGGGUGCUCUUCAAACACCUCCAGAAAGGUCGAACUCCUAAUAGUGAGAUAACCUGCUGUGUUUGUGAGGGCGACCAGUCAGAGCCGCCCAAUGAGAUAGUCAUCUGUGAUCGCUGUGGUUUAGGUUACCAUCAAUUGUGUCAUCAGCCAGCCAUCGACAGUCACAAACUCCUCUGCCCAGACGAGUCCUGGCAUUGCAGGCAAUGUGUGUUUGUCAACUCGGCCAAGGUUGGGGGCGCUUUGAAGAAAGGUCCAGGAGCCAAGGUGUUUCAAGAAAUGAAGCAGUCUCUACCCUACAAGCUGGACAGCCUCCAUUGGGACUCGGCUCACAAGACCAACACUGAACAAUGUUAUUGUUACUGUGGUGGGCCGGGGGAGUGGUAUCUAAAAAUGCUCCGGUGUUGCAGGUGCAUGCAGUGGUUUCAUGAAGCGUGUGUACAGUGCCUCGAGAUGCCUAUGUUGUAUGGAGAUGGGUUCUACAUCUUUGUGUGUUCUGUGUGCAAUGCCGGGCCAGAAUACUUGAAGAGACUGCCUUUGAAGUGGCAAGAUCUGGCCCAGCUAGUUCUCUACAACUUGACAUUAAUGCAUCGGAAGAAGUACUACGACUUUGAGGAAGAGAUCAUCCCCUACCUGACAGAGCAGUGGUAUAACCUCCAAGUGUCACAUCUUGGUGCUACAACGAGAUCAGAGAAACAGGAGCGGUUUCUAGAUGCAUUACACAGCUCAAAAGCAAGAUUUGCUUGUGGCAAGGAGGUGAAGAAGAAACAGAACAUCUGGGGACUGAGGAUCAGAAAGCCUCCAAUCCCGCCCACAAUCAUUCUACCCGCCAUUGGACAGAUCACGGAUGAGGUCAUGAAUGACCUCAAGAUGACAGGCCGUAAGGUCAUGACCUUUAUACCAGUAGAAAGCAACUCACCUGUCCCUCUAAAACCUGCAAAAAGGAAACGGAAAAGUGUAGCAGAAACCCCGGAGGAACUGGAGAGGCGGAGCAUCAAUGCCAGGAAGAUGUUUGAGCAAGCAAUUAAAGAUGGAGUACCGAGACCAGCAUUCAGUCUCAAUCAGUCCUACACAGGUUACUCUGGUGGCGGUAUGGCCCUGGCCAACCUGACCCCAGUCUCUGAGGGACAGUCAGUCCUAGACACCAUCCGCCCCUUUGAGACUGUUUACUCUGGCAGCACGGGCGUCCCCCUGCCAGUCAGCUUCAGCCAGCAUUCCUCUGUAGCGUCCGGGGACACGGGCUCUGACUACUCGGCCACCACCGUGCUGGCCGGCCAGUCCAGUGCGAGCGCUGACGGAGAGAGUGGGGACAGUAACAAUAAUGAUAACAAUGAAGAAGGCAGUGGUGUGGACAGCCUGAAGCGACACCGGAAGCACGGCAGCUGGAAGCGCAAACGGAAGCACCUACACCCGUCGACACCCAGUAAGGAAAGGACACCCACCAGCCCCAACCCACAACCUGCUGCCAAGACUAUUUCCCACCCACCAUCCAGGGGCGAGAGCCCGGAGAAACUGGCCACCACACGCCUGAAUGGGGCCGUGACCAUGGCAGAACUGAAGAGAUCCAUGUCGAACCAUUACGGGGCCGAGGGGCGGCUGGCUUGUGGGGAGAAACACCAGCUCCUUGGCAGGCGAGUGACGCCAGAUGGAAAGAUACAGUACCUCAUUCAGUGGGAGGGAAUCAGUCCCUAACACCCCACAACUCGUGGAGAAGUCCGGAUUUUAUGCAAUGUAAUUUCUUUUUACCUUUGUAAACUUCGGUAACUCCUUUUGUACAAUUUAAAUGUUAUCCUGCAAAACAUGCGAAGUCAAAAUGACUUAUCAGUAUGUUCGGGAAUAUAAUUUCAUUUUAAGUGUUACAUGGAAAAAACACGGGCUUUUGUUAAUACCUCAACCAAAAGGUAAUUCUGUGGUUCCAUUCAUGUGUGAUACAAUAAUCCAUCUGCACCUAGUUGCAAGUGUAGCACUGCCACUAUAAUCUGACCAGAUGCAUUUGUAAUGGGUUGACUGGCAGUAUUUUGUGGGUCUGCUCAUGUGGGCUCACUUGGCAACAUAUGCUAAACCAAAAAAGGUUAUGCAGGAUUUCAAUGGUCCCUAGGGUGUUAGGGUUAAAAAAAACGUGCCAGGCACAAAUAGCAUGUGCAGUCAACUCAUUAGAAUCAGAACCUGGCCAACAAUAGACUCAAAAAGCAAAUAUUGAGAGACUUGAGACUUAAGAAUUUGCUCUUUAUCGCAGUCUUUUCCAUCAGGGUGCUCAUUAUAUUGAGAUUCAAACCGUAGUUCAUAUCACCAUUUUCAGCUGAAUGUGCACAAACUUGUAUUAAUACUCAAGACAAAACACCCACUCUUACCUAAGCCACGCUGCUUACCUGCUUAUGUUGUACCUUUUACUCAAGCCCCUCCCCAAGCCUCCACCCUGCAGUUUGAGAUUUGAGUGACAGUAGCCACCCUGUACUUCCAGCAAGUGUCCCCCAUCCCCUCCUCCCCUGAGGUGCUAAAGGCGUGUGGAAGCUCUGCCCCACCCUACAGUUCAGACUUCCAUGUGACAACAGCCAUGUAUACUCCCGACCCCAGCAUCAGAGAAUGAUAUGUAGGGAAGCUGCUAAAAUGCUGUGAAUUCCUGACAUUUAUAUACUACUGGCACAUUCUCUGGCAAUGUUGAGACUUCAAGCUUCAAAGUAGAAGUGACAGGGCUCUACAGACCUGAAUUUAUCAAAAGGCUGCUAAACCAGGCAUUUGAUUUUCGGGGAUCUUUGGUUUUCAAAGCUUUGUGGACUUCACCCGAAACAACAGUGAAACAACGUGGACCAAAACUGCAAUGUCUUUACCUGUGGCCCAUUUCCCCAGUGUUGAGUACAAGGUCCCUUAUAAUAAAAGCACCGAGAAUGCAACAUAUAUUCCAAAUUCUCA